GCCUGCGCAGUGGUGGCGGGCGGGGAAUUUGGAGUGGCGGCGGCGAUGCGUGAGGUGUUGCGCGGCCGCUCGGGCAACAGGCCGGCACCGGGCGGCCAGCCCGGCCCUGCCGCCUCUAUGGCGCGGCCUUGGGCGCACACCCGAGCCGCGCUGGAGAGGCUGGAGAGGGCGCUGAGCUGCUCCCGCUGUGCUGGCGUGUUGCGGGAGCCCGUGUCCCUGGGGGGCUGCGAGCACGUCUUCUGCCUAUCUUGCAUGGGCGACCAUGUUGGCAAAGGGUGCCCGGUGUGCCACGUGCCAGCCUGGGUGCAAGACAUGCAGAUAAACCGUCAACUGGAUGACAUGGUCCAGCUCUGCGGCAAACUGCGGCAUCUCCUGGAUGCAGGCACCUCAGAUUCAAUGGAAUCUACGCCUACACCAAUGUGCUCAGAUUUCGGAGAAAACAGUAAGAAGGGACAAAUCAAAAUGUGGUUCAGCCCGAGAAGUAGGAAGAUUCGAUGCAUCGUGAACAAGAAUCAGCCAAAGACUAACAGUAAUGACCUUUGUCAAGACCCAUCUUCAGUUUAUCAUUUCUUUCCUUCCCCUGUUCAUGAAAAGCCCUCCAAACCAACAAAAAAACCAACUCAGAGGCAGAGUAAGAAGAUGAAGAAAAAACGUCUAGCAGACAUCAACAAAGCGUGGGGUUUAGAGAAGCCUGAGCAAAAAGAAGGGGUUGAGGAGAAGGCUUCCAAGGAAAAGUGUGUGACCAUUUGCAAUGAGCCUGUUGUCCUGUGCACUCCAGAGCAACAUAGCCCCAAAGAGACACUUCCACAGGAAUCUAUACAGGAAGUUGACUCCACCAAAAACUUGGUAGAAGUGGAAGUAUCUCCAGAGGUGAAAUCCUCACAGGAGGAAGAUAACAAUAAGGCUGUCUGUCCUGUACAAGUCAGCAAGGAAACAAACUGUGCUGCAGAGAAAUCGCCAUCAAUAGAAAGCAAAGCAAUGCAUUUGAAACGUGGAAGGGAGCAAUCAAAACUCCCAGGUACUUCUCAGACGAAAAGACGAAGAAGUGAGGGGAGCCUUAACAGGAAUUCAGACAGCCAGACUUCUUGCUCAGAGGACUUGUCUCAGGAUUGCCCUAUCCCCCAAGUGACCGAACCCAGGACACCUGUUCAGGUCUGUGGCAGUGCAAUGAAGACGAGAAGCUCUGCAGCAAGUAGUCCUUUACUUCCAAAAUCUCCCUCUACUCCAUCUACUUUCAAGGCUUGUGAUCAAGUAGGAAUACCACAGAGUCCUUCUGUGUUCAAGUCCCCUGGUAGUAACCCAAUUGCCAGAAGAAAUUACAAAGGGGAGACUUUGCUCCAUAUUGCUUCCAUCAAGGGUGACUUAGCAGCUGUUGAAGAGCUGCUGAAAAAUGGGGCAGAUCCCAAUGUUAAGGACAAUGCUGGCUGGACACCACUGCAUGAGGCAUGUAACCAUGGGCACCAAGAGGUGGUGGAGCUGUUGUUACAACACAAAGCACUGGUGAAUUCUACAGGCUAUCAGAACGAUUCGCCCCUUCACGACGCUGCCAAGAAUGGGCACGUGAGCAUUGUUGAGCUGCUGCUUCUGCAUGGUGCCUCCCGUGAUGCAGUACCUAAUGUGAAUGGCGCUCAGUUUCAUCUCACAAUAUGGAGCAAAAGUUUUAAUCCUCAACAACAUGGAGGGUUUCUCUUGCUCUUCAACUUGACUGCAGACAGAUUUGAUAAUAUAUUUGGUCUGCGGCCUGUGGACUAUGCAGAGAGUGAAAAGAUGAAGUCUGUGCUAAUGUUACCAGUCAAGAAUGAAUCAUUUUCAUUUAGCCAGCCUUCUGAGAGCCCAAGCCAGCCUAGAGACGGACCUCUUGGUAUCCUGGGGAGCGGUCUUAGUUCAAAACAACAGAAGUUGCUGAACAAGCUAGCAACAGUUCUGAAGGCUCGAAGGUGUACUGAAUUUAACAGCACAGUAACCCACGUUGUUGUUCCUGAUGUUCCAAUGCCAAGUACUGUUAAAUGUAUGAUGGCUGUUCUGUCUGGAUGUUGGGUCCUGAAGUUUGAGUGGGUACAAGCCUGUCUACAAAGUACAGUUCGAGAACAAGAAGAGAAGUAUGAAAUCCAAGGUGGCCCACAAAGAGGCCGUCUCAACAGAGAACAGCUGCUGCCUAAGCUGUUUGAUGGAUGCUACUUCUAUUUUUUGGGAUCUUUCAAUAGUCACCAGAAGAGCGAUCUUGUGGAGCUGGUCAAAGCAGGAGGAGGGCAAAUCCUGGUUAGGCAGCCAAAACCAGACAGCGACGUGACGCAGACGAUCAACACGGUGGCAUACCAUGCAGAAUCGACUUCUGACCAGAGAUUUUGCACUCAGUAUGUCAUCUAUGAUGCAUCUUCUAAAUUCAAACCGGAGAAAAUUCGUCAAGGCAAAGUCUGGUUUGCUCCCUCCAGUUGGAUCGUAGACUGCAUAAUGUCAUUUCAGCUGCUGCCUGUAAAGUGAACAUCCCUGUCUUGCUACUAAGACCUUUUUAAAAGUGGUGAAUCUUGAGCACCUGAAAAACACUGGGCUAAAGCUAUGAUUUAUGUUUUGCACAUGGUAACUCAUUUACGUGGUCAAAGCUCCUCCGUUUUCCAAGAUCACUUUGAUAGGCUGGAAUAAAUGACCUGCCAAUGAAAUAGGGAAAAAAAGAUGCUGCAUUGAGAAGUUGUGCCUUGGAUUAUUUACUAAGCUUUAUUUUUUGCAUUUAACUUCACUGUAAUAAUCACUGACAUUUUAUAAGAUUUUGCAAAAUGAAAUCUUUUGAAUUUUGACUUACGUCAAACUGUAGUUGGUGAUAGAGCAUGACCCUGUUUCUUUUCUUUGGUGUGCUUUGACAAGGAUGUACUCUGUGCGUCACGACUUCCCAGCCAGGCCAGAAUUUGUAUUUAUAAAAAGAAAGUCAUAUGCCUGUAUAGACACCGAUCAGAUGAUGUGUGAUGCUCCUUGUAACUUAGAAUUGAAUGUUAUAGGAAAUUCUUGGCAUUGGAUAAGCCCUGUAGAAAUCGAAGCAGAACUAAUGGCCUGAAUUCAUUUGAAAGUAGUUUUGAAAGUGCAUCUGUGAAAAUCUUGUUCUAAAACUUUUUCGUAUCGACUCAUGCUUUAUGCACUUCCAUCCAUUUUCUCUCUUGUUUGUAUGUAACUUGAAUUCAAUGCUAUUUUCUGAAGGUUUUUAAAUGUCAGAGCCUUUAUUAAAUUAUGAUUAAAAAAUUAUGUACUUAAAUUGAUGGCUAUCGUGAUUAUGUGGAAAAAUAAUCAUAAAACAAUUAUGCCUUGCUUUGCACCAUUGUCUUUUAAAUGUACUUUGCUGCAUUGGAGCAGUACUUGAUUCUUGCAUACUUGUUGGGAUCAGCUUGUAAUUCCUUUCUCAAGUUGACCAUAAGUUAUUGUCAGAAUUUAGCUUCUUCCUUCUGUACUCUUAUGAGCUGUAAGCAUUACAUGGUAUGUUUUGCCUUUUGUGAGUUCAUAACUUAAUGAUGUUAUCUUUGCCAUGAUGUGCAAUGAGAAUGAUGGUUGGGGGGGGGGGGAAUAAUGUUUGUGCUUGGUGUUUGUAUUGCUUGUAAUAAAACUUAGUGUCAG